AUGGAGAGGAGCGCGGGGAGAAGGAGUUCAGAUCAGAAGUUGCAGCUUCUUGGCUAUUGUUGCAGUCCUGGGAUGCCUAGGCUUCUUGUUUAUGAGUUCAUCCCAAAUGGGUCAUUGGAUUGUUGGAUUUUCCCAAGAAGGGAAACCCAGAACCGGCGUGGCGGGUGCUUGUCGUGUGAGUCAAGGUACAGAGUUGCCAUUGAUGUUGCUAAAGCACUGUCUUACCUCCACCAUGAUUGCCGGUCAAGGGUCUUGCACCUUGAUGUGAAGCCAGAAAAUAUACUUCUGGAUGAGAAUUACAAAGCAAUUGUGGCAGAUUUCGGCCUCUCGAAGCAGGUUGUGGCCAGGCCUGCGUGGGUCUGGCCUGACCCAGCGUGGGUCACCAGACCCACGCCUGGGUCGUGGCCACGACCUGCCUUCAACGCAUUUCUUCUUCUCCAUUUCAAUCAGUGA